AGGUAUCCUCAGAAAUUUGUUACCUGUGUGCUGCAGUUGGCGGGUCGUAAGCCGAUCUCUCUCAUCGUAUCUCUUUAUUCUUCUAUUUUCCUUUUUCAUAGUGAAUUAAACUUUAUAUACACAUUUUUUUUCUUAUUUAAUUGUAAAACAAAAGAACGAGAGAGAAUGGCGUUAGCCGAAGGUGAAAGGACUACCGGUGAGAUAAACAAUACUAAUGUUACCAGUAAUCUUCGACGUGGUAGCAGUUUACGAUUACUUGCUGCAUCUGCCAGUACUGUAGAGAACGAGUUGGGAACGCAGUUACGUCGUGGGGGUUCCCUGAGGAUCCCACGAAAUACAAGAACGGAGGAUGGAAGGACGUUAGUUGUUGAUAGUGAUCAUUCGUUGAAAGUACCCCGUGACAAAAGAUUGUCCUCUUCGUUGCUAUCAAAUAAUUCUUCAUCAUCUCUGGAAGUUAGUGGAAGAAAUGGGGGAUGCGAAAGACCGGUACGACCCGCCAGGCGUUCAGCUUCCGCAUUGGACCAACCAGCACCCGAAUAUCUUGCUCGAAGUCUUCUUCAAUUAGGAUGUCCUGUUAUUUCUAUACCUACACCUCGUGGCGGCGUUGGAUCGGAGCAUCCGCAAAGUAGCGACAGCGAUGACUCCACCGCGACGCACAGCCAAAAUCAGGGUCAAGGUUACGGGCAUGGACAUUCUCAUGGACAGUUCGACUCUUAUACCGUGCCCAAAGUCCAAGUGUCGGGACCACCGAACCCUUCUGAAUCCUCCUCCGUCAUCAAUGGGUCUGCGGGGUCCAUAGGAGCACGUUCGGCACCAAGUACACCAUUACAAACAACAACGCCUGGAGUACCGCAAACGAGUCAACAAUCAAUCGGUGGUGGUGCUUCUCAGCUUACUGUUGUUGCUAAUACUCAAAUUUCCCAACCACCAAGAAGUCCGAGUCAUGCAGCAUUGAGAUGUAACGAUAGUCAGCUUUCAAAGCCAUUGAGCAGGAGUACUCCAUCGAUGGCAGCCGGUGGAACUGUUCAAACUCCAGCGAAGAUCAGUAGAUCUUCAUCUAGAUCCUCGCCAUCGUCCACCAGCAGUGCUAGACAGAAAAAGUUUCAUCGGCAUUUUACUCAGUCUUCAAAAUUUCGACAUCAGGUAGCCGCAGAUGAACGUGUAUUAAACUACUACAGUUGUGCGCUGGUGGGCGAUAUCCUACUUCAAGGUCAUCUUUACAUAACACCGAAUUACUUUGCCUUUUAUAGCAACGUUUUCGGUUAUGUUACAAAAUUGUUGAUACCGACAACAUCGGUAUUAAAAAUCAGUAAAGAGAAAACAGCUAAGAUCAUUCCAAAUGCGGUCGCAAUAGCGACGGAAGAUGAGAGACACGUAUUCUGUUCUUUACUCUCGAGAGAUUCGACCUUCAAGCUGAUGAAACAGGUUUGGGACGAGGCAUUAUUACCGAGGACUUCACCGGAUGUUUUACCUCUUCCCGAUGAGGUUAAGUUAUUACCACCGGAUGCGUUGCUGGUCGACGAUUCGGAAGUUAAUCCUGAAGAGGAUGAUUCGAGUAUGUCAGAAAGUGGUACCGAUCAAACUGCUUCAAGACCACCAACCGUUUGUACGGAUACCGAUGGCUUAUCAGCUACUGUUCCUAGACCAAGUCAUACUCCUGUUCCUGGUACAAGAAUGGAUUCAGUGACACCAUCGAUACCAAUCUCACCAGACAAAUCUCGUUCCUUUGGCACAUUGUUUGUUGGUGGAUUGAAGCCUGGUACAGUCAUUGCUGUAUUGGUUGUGGUUCUAGCAGCUUUGUAUAUUUCGGCAGCCAUGAUGAUGUUCCGCAUUGAUAGAUUGCAUACGGCAUAUCUGAAUCAUCCUCUUGUCUCGCCGGAACAUUUUACGCACGAUCGACUUUUGCAUUAUCUUAAUUCAAAUCUCGAUCAGAUAGCUAAGGUCCGGCAAAGUUUACAAACGUUGUCACAACAAUUUGUAGCAAUGAGCCAAGCUGGUGAAACAGGAUCAGCAGCUGUUUCCGGAGGCCCGAUAGAACCUGAAGAUGCGCCGAGUUAGCCCCCGGAGUGGUGGAUAAAUAAUAAUAUCAUUAAACCAAAUAAUAAUAAUAAUACGAGUAUCCGUCGCCUUGCUAGCGUAUGAAACGUGUCUCUUAAUCUGAUGCAAGACAAUUAUGGCGAUCACCACAUCAUUAAUGACGAUAAAAUAUUAUCGUUUAGCACCCCAUCACGAUUAGAACUUCCAACAACAAGAAACAAGAAAAAAGAAAAAGAAAAUGAAAAAAAAAAGAAAAAGAAAGCGCGGGGAUUGUGACACUCGUAGGCAGCUCAGUCAUGAAAAAGGAGAAGAGUUAAUUUUACGCUUUUAAGAUGAUCAUCUUCUCUCUUUAUAUAUAUAUUUUUUCUCUCUCCCACAAUAUCAACCCCCUCCCCUUCUAGCCUCAUCAUUACCACGAGAGUCCACCACGCCUUUUAUUUUUUUUUCCGCAUUUGCGUUUUUCUAUUGUUCGUCGUUACUCGUAGAUGGUUUCAUUAAAUGAAUUAGAAAAAUUGUUAUUAAUAGGGAUGAAGAUAGAGAAAGACGAUUUUUUUAAUGAAAAUUGAAAUGAAUUGAAGGAUGAGCGAAGAAAUUAUGAGUAUGGAAGUAAAGGUUGCUUUUUAACAGCGAACGAAAAAAGUAAUUUUGUUCGAAACUAGUCACGCGUAACCAAGGCUCCCUGGUGCGAAAUAAAAUACAUGAACAAGAAGAAACAAAAUAUAAGUAUAUAUAUACAUAUAUACUAUGCAUACAUAUGUAUAGAACAAUUAUGUACAUGCACUUAUACAAAAAAAAAUGUACACACACACGCAUACACAUAUAGUACAUGUAUAUUGAUAAAAAAGAAAAACAAGUAUGUAUACAUAAAGAUAGAAUUAAUUGCAUAUUUCGCGAUUACUUAUGUCUGUAAUUUAUAUAAUUUGACAACUGGUCGAGCAUUAACGUUGUUUAUUUUCUUUUUAAUUUUGUGAUACCGAGAUAAGUGUGCUCGACAAACACCAGUAAUAGAAUUUAUAACACAUUUUUGCCAAAAAUAAUGCCAUAAUUCUAUGAAUUACCCGUAGCACACUACAAUAGCUUCUAAAAGUUGUUUUGAUA